AUGAAGUGGACUCUGGCAGCUCUUGCUCUUCUGGGGUCGGCCUCCGCCAAUCCUCUCAUCUCUCCCCGCGAUGAUAGCUGUGCUUCCUCAUAUAAUGGCCAAUUCGAAGUCACAAUUGCCAAGGUCAACAAGCGGGAUAUCCAGAAACGAUCCUGUGAUAACGCUGACGCCCUGCUACUGACACUUGAGGGUGGAAUUCUCAAAGAUGCCAAGGGUCGUACCGGCUAUAUCGCUUCCAACUACCAGUUCCAGUUCGAUAACCCACCCCAGGCUGGAACCAUAGUCGCCAGCGGCUUCGCUGUCUGUCAGGACGGUUCAUUGGCGCUGCAAGGAAAGACUACCUGGUAUCAAUGCCAGUCUGGAAACUUCUACAACUUGUACGACCGCAAGUGGGCACCACAUUGCCAGGCGGUCGAGAUCACUAUAAUCCCUUGCAGUGGCGGUAGCUCUGGUGGCAGCUCCGGUGGAGGCAGCGGUGGCGGUAGUAACAACAACGGUAAUGGAGGCAGCGGUGGCAGUGGAGGAGAGACCACUGUUGGCACCAAGGUUGUCCAGACCACUAUUGUCACAGCCAUUUCCGAUGGCCAGCCGCAAGUCCACACUACCACUGUUGCCAUCCCCAUCUGCCAGAUCGGUGACGGACAGGUCCAAGGUCACACGACUCCAUGCGGCGGCGGCGGUGGUAAAUCCCCUGUCACUCAGAUCAGUGAUGGACAACCUCAGAUCAGCGAUGGACAACCUCAAGCCCCAACAGGAUCUGCCAAACAGCCAGUUACCCAGAUCAGUGAUGGACAGCCUCAAGCCCCUCCUGCUGUCACCCAGAUUAGCGAUGGACAACCCCAGGCUCCUCCUGUCACUCAAAUCAGCGAUGGUCAGCCUCAGGCCCCAACUCAAUCUGCCAAACAGCCUCAACCCCCUGCUGUCACCCAGAUCAGCGAUGGCCAGCCUCAAGCUCCUCCCGUUACUCAAAUCAGUGACGGACAACCCCAGGCUCCUCCCGUCACUCAGAUCAGCGACGUCACUCAGAUUUCCGAUGGCCAGCCCCAGGCACCCGUCGGAACUGGUACUGCUGCUCCUCCUCCCCCCGCUGCUACUACCCAACCUCCCAUCAGCGGUGGAUCCAGAGUUCUCCCUGGUCUCUCCAUUGCCCUCGCCAUCGCCCUGGUUGGUGUUGUUGCUUUGUAG